CCCAAUCCCUUCUAAAAAUGGUGCUACUUUCUUUCCCCACGUACGCAACCGCAGUAACCGGGGCGGCCGUCAACUCCCAUUACACUCAGUACGACGACGUUUCUCUCCCGUAGCCGGUAAUUCCCGGUUCCUCCAUCACCGGUUAUCCCGUUCCCGAUAUAUCUCCAAUCAUUCAUCUCGCUUAACCUCUGUUCGUUCCGUUCGAUCGUUAUCUCUACUUCAUCUUCUUUGCGGAAUAUUGUCCCGUUUGAUCGGAUUCGUUCUUCAGUUAUGGAUCUCCGAUUGUUCAUCUUAGUUUGUAAGAUUUUCUGUUUGGAAUCUCGUAUCGUGAGCAGUAUCGGCGUAGGAGCUAUUGGGUUGCCACUCUUGUAAAUGGCUGAUAAUGAAGAAGCGAAGGAAACUGGUCCAAGAGGAAAUGAGUGGGAAGUUGUAUCACUCACUGCUUCAGCAUAUGCUGCUGCUCCUGGUCCGAAACCGGUCGACUCAAGCCAAGAUAGUGUAACGAAGUUAGAUAAAAAUCACGAGGGUGAAACUUCAAAUGCCAUGUUUAUGUCUAGCCACUUUGUUUUUCCUCCGAGCCAGCACGAGAAUUUGCCAAUUGAACCGGAAUUCAAUGAGUCGGACAGUGAAAAGGGUAGAGAAGAUGAUGUAUCUCAGCUGGGUAAAGAUGAAGGAGUUAAAUCAGAUGCAAAGGAUGAAGACAAUGCAACUAUUGAAGGACUCAUGACUGAAGAGUUUCCUGGAAUUCAGGUACUUAAUGAAAAAGGUAACACACUAUCUCUCAGUGGAGCAGAUCUCAGAAAAGAUGUUGGUUUUGACAGAGCGCGGAGUAUUUACACCCCUGCAGAGUUUAGUUUGUUUAGUAGUGAAACAACCAUGGGCAUAUCCAAUAAUAGUGGGGACGGUGCAGGAACUGAUGAUUCAAUUGAACCUCUUGAUGGUUAUGUGGAUCCCAACUUGCUAAAUUUCCAGAAGCCCAUUGAGGGGGACAAAUAUGAUGAUGCGGACCUCCCCUGUGAAGCUUGGUGGAAAAGACGGGCCUUUUCUGUAUAUGCGCAUGCAAAAGAAGCAAAUACGGUCUGGUCAAUUUUUCUUGCAGCAGCUGUUAUGGGACUAGUAAUUAUUGGUCACCAGUGGCAGCACGAGAGGUGGCAGGUUUUGCGCCUAAGGUGGCAGUUUGGUAUUAAUGAUGAGAGGAUGAGCCGGUUGCUUGCUCCCAUAUUCCGCCUUAAAGAUGUGGUAGUUGGUGGGCACCGGCGGGGCUCACUUGUUAGAGGGAGCACCUCAUCAGAACGCUAAGAUGAUGACGAAAUGUUUUAUUCAGGGGAAAGAGGUUUUAAUGCAUGUCAUGCAAGUUGUAUCAAAUUUGACUGUAUAUCUCUCGACAAAGCUUGUUAAUAUUUUCAAUUUCAUGAUGGAGUUUUAUUGAUAUUUGAAACAGUGGUGAUAAAAGUAACUUGAAAAUCGC